GUAUUUUGUGAAGGAAAAGCGACAAACGACGCGCGUAUUCGAUUCAUGACUCGACUCGAUACUCGAUACUCGAUUAACCACUGCGAAAAGGACGAUCGUCGUGAAUAUUGGUUUUGCAAUCGCAGAUCGUUUGAUAACAGAUUUCUGCGCGGCCAAGAUGAUGAGGUUUUUGCAUUUCCUUCAUUCGAGUCAAAAAAACAAUCGCGCCCGCGCAUUUUUCGAUAAGAAAUACAUUUUUCAUCGUUACUAUUCGACAAUUUACGCGGUUUCAUCCGGAUCGGGAAAAAGCGGAGUCGCUGUGAUUCGGGUAUCUGGGAAGCAAUGUUCGUCGGUCAUUACGAGAAUGACAAAAUCCGCUGGUGUACCAGCUCCGAAAAUGGCAAAGUUGAAAACUAUAUACGAUCCUGUCACUGCGGAACCGCUGGAUAAAGGAAUCGUGUUAUGGUUUCCCGGUCCUAGAAGUUUCACCGGCGAAGACGUAUGCGAAUUGCACGUGCACGGCAGUAAAGCGGUCAUCCGAGCCAUUUUGCUGGCUUUAUCGAAACUGAAGAAUUUCAGGCCAGCUGAGCCAGGCGAAUUUACGAAGCGUGCGUUUUACGCGAACAAAUUUGACCUCACCGAAGUAGAAGGUUUGUCUGAUCUGAUCGAUGCCGAAACUGAAAUGCAAAGAAAGCAAGCUCUAUAUCAGAUGGAAGGUUCGCUGAAGAAGAUUUAUCUCGACUGGCGCGCGAUGCUUUUACAAAGCUUAGCUCAUGUCGAAGCCUAUAUAGACUUUAGCGAAGACGAGAACAUCGAAGAAAACAUUUUAAACGUGGUACAAAAUCGACUCGAAGAAUUGACCAUUUCCAUGCGAAAACAUUUAAGCGAUUUUAGAAAAGGUGAAAUUUUGCGAGACGGCAUCAAAACUGUUAUUAUUGGUUCUCCGAAUGUCGGCAAGAGCAGUUUACUGAACGUAUUUUGCCAGAAACCGGCGGCCAUCGUUACCGAAUUAGCGGGUACAACUAGAGACGUGAUCGAAAGUUCGAUCAACAUCAACGGUUACCCGGUGGUAAUUGCGGAUACGGCGGGUAUACGAAAGCAAGGCGUCACAAAUAUCGUCGAGAAGGAAGGAAUACGUCGUAGUAUAGCGGAAGCUGGACUAGCCGAUUUGCUAUUGCUCGUUAUUGACGCGCGUGACGCUGUUGCGGAGAUGGAAGCGUCUGGCGUCGAUAGCGGGAUCGGGAUCGCUAUUCGCGAUCGACUGGUGUCCUAUUGCGACGCGUACAAGAAACGAAUGGACGUGGAUAAAUUGGCGGACGUUGCUCGAUCUUUAAUAGUAUUCAACAAAUCGGAUCUGUUGAACGAAUCGCAAAAACGAAUUUUUCGCGAAAUCGCCCCGCACUGUCCGCAGUUGGUGUUAAUUUCGUGCCAAACCGAAGAAGGAAUCGCGGAUUUAUUAGAUAAAAUGUGCCUGCAAUUUCAUCAGUUAUGCGGAAUGCCGGACAAAACAAAUCCGUCGUGUACGAGAGCGCGUCAUCGACAUCAUUUGCAGCAAAGCGUGCGUCACAUCGAUAGAUUUUUAGCAUUACUGAAGGCCGCGACCGAAGAAAAUGUCCUAUUCGCCGCCGAAGAACUUCGAUCCGCUGCCAAAAAUUUAGGUAUGAUAACUGGUACCGUGGCCACCGAAGAGAUAUUGGAUACGAUUUUUAAGAAUUUCUGCGUUGGUAAAUGAUCGUCGAGACGUGUCCGCGUUAUAGACCUCACUUUUCGUAUCUAUGCCCGAUGCCCGAUGCCCGAUUAGAGUUUACAAAAGUACUCGUAACUAUCGAAAUGAAAACAAAUAAUACGAGUAACGUUGCGAAUGUAUAAAUUGAAACCACGAAAGACACCGGAGGAAUUCGGUAACGUGUGUUUUUCUUUGUCUCCGAGAAAACAGAUCGAAAUGAGAAAAUUUUAAGAGUGUUUAGUGAAUGCAACUUGAAAGCACGAAGUGAGAAGUGAAUUUGGUCAAGUGAUGGAAUCUUGUCAACUUAUACCUAUUAUUAAAAAUGAUUCGUUGUAA